AUGGAAGUGAACAACUAUGCUAUAGAGCCAAUGUUGCGUUCUUGUGGCAUCUCCAUCGGCGACCAAUUUACUCAAGUUCAAGGCCGUGUCCCAACUGCUCCAAAGGUGCCUAGUUUUCAAUCCAUUGAUAUACCUGACUCGGUGGAUGUUGUUGACGAGAAUGCUCAAUUUCGACGGGCAACACCUCUUGUUCGAGUGGAGAAGAUCAGAAAGGCCACUGCGGAUGGUCUUACCAUGGAUAAGUUUGAGAAGAUUGAAAUUGGUGCAGUGUUGGAAUAA